GGGGAAGCUGGGCCGGUAUCCUCCAUGGCCAGGAAAGAUUGUUAAUCCACCUAAAGAUCUGAAGAAACCUCGUGGAAAAAAGUGCUUCUUUGUGAAGUUUUUUGGAACAGAAGAUCAUGCUUGGAUCAAAGUGGAGCAGCUGAAGCCUUAUCACCCUCACAAAGAGGAAAUGAUAAAGAUUAACAAGGGUAAGCGCUUCCAGCAAGCUGUGGAUGCUGUAGAGGAGUUUCUUAGAAAAACCAAAGGCAAGGACCAGGCAUCUUCCCAUAACUCCAACGAAGAGAAGAAUCGGCGUAAUUCCAGUGAAGAAAGAGGCAAGCAAUCCACUGGUGAAGAGAAACGCAAAGCCAGUUUGACUGAAGGGAAGUUGAAGAAGGGCACAGGGGAAGGAAAAAAGAGGGUCUCUUCUGUAUCGUCAGAGAGAGGAUCAAAAUCACCUUUGAAAAGAGCCCAGGAUCAGAGCCCCCGAAAGCGGGGGCGUCCACCCAAGGAUGAGAAGGACCUCACAAUUCCAGAGUCAAGUACAGUGAAGAGAGUGAUGACUGGAACAGUGGCUGGAUUUAAAUGGCCGCCAAGCGUCAGUGAGCCUGUGAAGGACAGUGAUCCACACUUGCUGAGCCAGACAGAGAAGCCAGCUGUCUGCUAUCAAGCCAUCACAAAGAAGCUGAAGGUUUGUGAAGAGGAAACAGGAUCCACCUCCAUCCAGGCAGCAGACAGCACAGCAGUCAAUGGCAGUAUCACGCCUACAGACAAAAAGAUAGGAUUUCUGGGACUUGGCCUGAUGGGAAGUGGCAUUGUCUCCAACUUACUCAAGAUGGGUCACACUGUCACUGUCUGGAACCGGACUGCCGAGAAGUGUGAUUUGUUCAUCCAGGAGGGGGCACGGCUGGGAAGAACCCCCGCUGAAGUUGUCUCCACCUGUGACAUCACCUUUGCCUGUGUAUCAGAUCCAAAAGCAGCAAAGGAUCUGGUACUUGGUCCGAGUGGAGUGUUGCAGGGGAUUCGCCCAGGGAAGUGUUAUGUGGACAUGUCCACCGUGGAUGCGGAUACAGUCACAGAGUUGGCCCAGGUGAUAGUGUCCCGGGGUGGUCGCUUUUUGGAAGCACCCGUCUCAGGAAAUCAGCAGCUAUCUAAUGAUGGGAUGCUUGUGAUCCUGGCAGCUGGCGACAGGGGUUUAUAUGAGGACUGCAGUAGCUGUUUCCAAGCGAUGGGGAAGACCUCUUUUUUUCUAGGUGAAGUAGGCAAUGCUGCCAAGAUGAUGCUGAUUGUGAACAUGGUCCAAGGCAGCUUCAUGGCAACGAUAGCAGAAGGACUGACUUUGGCUCAAGUGACUGGCCAGUCCCAACAGACCCUUCUGGAUAUCCUCAAUCAGGGACAACUUGCCAGCAUCUUCCUGGACCAGAAGUGCCAAAAUAUCUUGCAAGGAAACUUUAAACCUGAUUUCUACCUGAAAUACAUACAGAAGGAUCUCAGAUUAGCUAUUGCACUGGGCGAUUCUGUCAACCACCCAACUCCCAUGGCAGCAGCUGCCAACGAGGUGUAUAAACGAGCAAAAGCAUUGGACCAAUCAGACAACGACAUGUCUGCAGUGUACAGGGCCUACAUCCACUAGGCUGCACCGUUCUUACUGUUAAUAAUAUGAUUAUUGAUUAAUAUUAUUAUGAUACUGGGUUUUAACUCUGGACCAGUCCAUCUCUGUCUCUCCAUUUCCUUUUAUACACAGACUUUGAGAUCUGCCAUGGAGGCAGCUGCUGCGGUGAGCCUUCCCCUGGUGGCAGAAGGGGGGGAGGAGGGGGCUCGGAUUGUUGCAGUCUAAUUAGAAAAAUCCAUGCCAUGCACUGACAGUCAUGGAACAGAACAGUGGCGGCUUGUUCAGAAGCUCUGAGGCAACUCUGCCAGAAAUCUGCUGCUUGGCUGCUUUUAUUUUCCUCUUUGUAUGCUUGUCCAAGAUGCUGUUUCUAACGA